GAUAGCUCUUAACAAUCAUUCCCAACUUGUGGUGAAUGUCCAAGUCGUCGUCUCCUACUUACCGAAAGAUAUCUUCAGUGUUCCUUGCAGAGUUUGAUAACGUAGCAGGUCCACGUAAUAAUAUUUGUAUACAACCUUAUUCAGUGAAGCCGGUACCUAUCGAAGUUUUCGAAAAAGUUUACGAAUUCUUGAUUCCAAAGCGUUCUCUGUAUGGUCAGAUAGUUUCUGUGCAAAUAGAUGGUGUUACCUUUAUUGGAAAACCUACUCAAGUAGAAGGCAGCCAAUACGAACGUAACGCCUAUUUGUUCAAUAUUGGUUUCUUAUUGGAGUCUUUACCUCAAGAACACCCUUUUCUCGUACGUGAUAUGGUUCCCGUUGUUUUGAAACUUUCGAAUGAAUUGCUUUCAUUGGAAAAGGAAAGAGGUCUUCUUUCCAGACAAGAUUGGCAGUCAAGAACGACCUUAAGAACAAAGUUAACCAAAAUGGUCAAUCAACUUUUUGAAAAAGGUUGUCACUUUCUAGUGUUUGAUGCUAGUCAUGCGUGCUAUUUGAAGGUUCUUUCACGUGCUCCCAGUAAUAGUCAAGAGUUAUCUGGUCUUGUCAAUAACAGUCAGCACUUGAGACUGGAUCACGUUCCAGUAGCAAUCCGUGCACCGAUGUUAGUUGGACAGUUUGCUUCCCAAAUAGACCCAAAUGUGAGUCAAGUAAGUGUUCAUAUCAAUGGUGUCAACUGUAUCGACCAAAUCGCAUCUCUCACUAUACUUGACCGAGAAACAGUGUUUCGCAGUAUUGGUGUAUUGUUAGAUGCUGAUAUGAUAAGAUGUAUUGACAUUUUUCGGUUCCAAAACAGAUAUGAACCUACUAGCAAACUACACUUUGUCAAAGAGGACAUUCAUUUUUGGGAACAAUGUGAUCGUUUGGUUCAGUGCAACUCCCAGUCCUUAUUUGGAAGAAUUGGUUCUACGAAUAGACAAAGUCCUUUGUUCAGUUCAACUCGAAAGCAAUCUGGGGUUCAGAUAACAGAAUCCUUUGCCUCAUCAAAAAGUUCACUCGUUCUUUUAGAUACUCUGCCUUGUAGUUUGUCAACUGGAAAUUCGAAUGUUACCCAUCAUGUACCUUCAUAUUAUUCUUUAUACAAUUCUUUAAGCAGAAUGGAGAGUGUUGAACAACUGAAAGUGGAUUGCAUUUGGUAUGUUGACAGGUAUUAUUCGGAGAGUAUACGAAUAUCCCAUAUGCAUGAGACAUUCUUGUUUACCUGAUAUUGCCUCAUUAUUAGAAAGGGAAGUUGAAACUGAAGACAGUUCAAAUGUCAGA